AUGCGUGCCACAUUCAUCGGGUUGGCGGGCUCUCUGGUUCCGCUGGCGCUGACGCAACGUCUUGACAAACCUCCGCUUGAGACCGGUUUGGACUAUCUUCAGAAGGGACUUCUGGAGUAUUUGGGCCCAGUGAAGAGCUCAUACAAAAAGUGGACCCCUGGCUGGAUCCCUUCCGACUGCAAGACCAUGACGGUGAACGCCAACCUGUCUGUGGCUCACGUGGAGACUUUCAGCGUUCAAUACGAAGAUGUAGGUACCAGUGUCAACGUCGCGUUCUCCGAGAUCAGCAAUCAGUGUCCCAACGAUCCUUGGCUUCUGUGCCGGCACAUAGACAGCCCCGAUCCUCUCGAAAAUAUGAUCGACCUCUUCGGCCGCGUUCCAGUGCGAGCGCGUCAGUGGGUCCGCCACAUAGUCAACCUACCUGAUCCUACCAACUUUACUAGCGCCUACAACUGGGCCGGCAACAUUGCAAUGUUCGAAAGCAUCAACCGCGACCUGACCCUCUUCAUCCACGAAACCGGCCACUCCCUCGACCUUCUCGGCGCUUACCCUGACAAUCCCCUCUCUACCUCCAGACAUUGGCACGCGCAAUACGCAAAGGACUCCCACGUGCCGGAUCCUUAUUCGCAGAGUAACAUAUAUGAAGACCUCGCGCAGAACACCGUCGUGGCGGCUUACGAUUUGAACGUUCCCGGUGGAAUCGGCGUCGUCGAGCCUAAGUGGCGUGAUGUGUUGCAUCAGUUUGAUACGAUCGAGGUAGAGCAGAGGAAGGCGGGGGGAUUUGCUGGUGAGAGGGGGAGUGUGCACGAAGCGUUUGAACAAUAG